CUGGUUAUUUCAACGACAGCAAAAACUCCAAAUAAAGAAAUCGUCCGUGCAAGGGGUAGACGUGCCCGACAGCUUCUCCCCACGCUAUUUUAUUUUAUUUUAUUUUUGCUUUUGAGCUAGAAGGAGGCACCAAGACAAAUCGAGCCAGCUCUAGCAUAUAAAGUUUGCGUCCUUCCCGAGCAGCCGCGGGCCAGUUUUUGGACGUCGUGAUUUCUAAUGAACCGAGGGAUUUUCGUACCCCGUUUUCAACAAAUUCCUCCUGCAAAUCCCCUGGACAUCGAUAGCUACUGGAAUUUAUUAGCUCGACGGCGUGCCAUCUUUUGCUUCUAAUGUCAUUUGCAGCCCAACUAGAUGCUGACGAGUCACAGCGCGAGAGAUCUCGCUCUCCCCGACGUGGCCGUUCGAGGAGCCCGGGCCGCUCAGGUCGCCGUCGAUCAUAUUCACCGCGGAGCCGGUCUCGCAGCCGGGACGAUUACCGUAGAUCGGAUAGACGAUCGCGAUCUCCCAUGACUGGAGCUGGGGCGCCAGUUGGAGGGUCAGGUUCGGGUUACGGUGGACCACCUCAACGGUCGUACGAGGAACGUGCGGCAGCGCGAGAACAAAUGAUGAAUAACAUUCGCGAGACGUCGCAACAGGACCGUCGUGUCUACGUCGGUAACCUGUCUUAUGAUGUGAAAUGGCACCAUCUCAAGGACUUUAUGCGGCAGGCUGGAGAAGUUCUCUUUGCCGAUGUUUUAUUACUUCCGAACGGGAUGUCAAAGGGAUGCGGAAUUGUGGAAUAUGCUACAAGGGAGCAAGCACAAACAGCUGUUCAGACUCUCAGCAACCAGAACUUGAUGGGACGACUCGUCUACGUUCGUGAAGAUCGCGAAGCGGAACCACGAUUUAUCGGCGCAACCGGAGGCCGCGGUGGCUACGGCGGUGGAAUGCAAGGCGGAUAUGCCGGCGGCGCCGGUGGCGGUGCUGGAGGCGGUGGUGCCUACGGCGGUGGCGGUGGUGGCGGCAUGGGUGGUGGUAACCGCCAGAUUUACGUGUCUAACCUUCCUUAUACCGUAGGCUGGCAAGACCUAAAGGACUUAUUCCGCCAAGCUGCUCGAAAUGGCCAGGUAAUCCGAGCUGAUGUCCAUCUGGGACCGGACGGCAGACCUAAGGGUUCUGGUAUUGUCAUGUUCGAACACCCCGAGGAUACACGUAAUGCUAUCCAGCAGUUCAACGGAUUCGAAUGGCAGGGACGUUUGCUCGAGGUUCGCGAGGAUCGUUUUGCCCACCAAGGUGCAGGUGGAUAUGGCCGAGGUGGCUUCGGAGGCCGUGGAGGGUUUGGCGGCUCGUAUGGAGGUCGCGGAGGCUUCGGCGGUCGUGGCGGCUUCGGCGGCGGUAGCGGCUAUGGUGGACGCGGAGGUUACGGUGGGGGUAGCGGUGGUGGGCCCGCCGGUGGGUUCGAAGCCAACAAUGCCACGCCGGCGGCUCCAAACCCAUUUACCGAUUAUGCCACCGCUGGAACCGACCCAAGCGAGACAAUUUAUGUCCGAAAUCUUCCUUGGUCUACUAGUAACGAAGAUCUGGUGGAACUCUUCACGACGAUUGGCAAAGUUGACCAGGCUGAGAUCCAGUAUGAGCCCAGCGGAAGGUCUAGAGGAUCUGGUGUUGUUCGUUUUGAUAGCACUGCUACUGCGGAGACGGCCAUUUCGAAGUUCCAAGGUUACCAUUACGGCGGCAGGCCUCUUGGCCUAAGCUUCGUGAAAUAUGUCACGCCAGGUGGAGGAGACAACAUGGAGACGGAUACGCAUGGUGGUCUGACGCAAGAUCAGAUCAUGUAAAGCACUGCUUCUCCGGUGUUUAUUGUCACUCUACCCGGAUCGCGAGCUUCCCUAGGUUGUCCGACAUCGCUAGUGUCUUGAUAGUUCCCAUACCGAAACUAUCAUGUGAGUGUAUCGACUUUCUAGAAGGGUUGGGUCGGA